AUGGAUGGAGACCUGUCCCGAGUCCAAUGCCUCUUGUCUGAGGGCCUGGCAAACAUCAACGCUACAGGGCUACACAGGAGGACAUCAGUGAUGUUUGCAGCAGAGAAAGCACACAAAGAUGUGUUCGACUUACUUGUGAGGGAAGGCGCUGAUCUGCUCCCCGUGGAUGAUGACGACAACUCGAUUUUCCUCCUGGCCUGUGAAGGAGGAAACAUAGAUAUAGUGCAGUAUCUCCUCACACAGAACGCGACGGACAUCAACAGAGCAAACAAAGACAAGCAAACGUCAGCAAUGAAAGCAGCAUUCAAGGGACACGAGGACGUGUUUGGCCUACUUGUGGGAAAAGGGACUGAGCUGUCACUUACGGAAUCAUACCGUUCCCGCAUAUUACACCUAGCCUGCAAAGGAGGAAAUAUCGAGAUAGUUAACUAUCUCCUAACAGAGGCACUUGUGGACAUAAACAGUACAGACGAAAACAACUACACACCAGCAAUAAUUGCAGCCACCGCUGGACAUAGAAACGUCUUUGACUUACUCGUGGUGAAAGGAGCUGACCUGACCAUAUUGGGUGAUGACGAUAACAGUGUUCUUCACGCCGCCAGUCUAGGAGGCAAUAUCGAAAUAGUAAGGAAUGUUCUCACGCUGAAUAUUGUAAACAUAAACGCCAGAGACAUUGAAGGAAUGACACCAGUGUUCUUGGCAGCAUUAAAUGGACAUGAUGAAGUGUUUGACCUGCUUGUUGAGAAAGAAGCUGAUCUGUUAAUUGUGACCGAUGGCGGUAACACCAUCCUUCAUGCGGCUUGUAGAGGAGGAAAUGUCCAAAUAGUGAAGUACGUUCUCAAUCAGAACAUUGUGGAUGUCAACAGUAAAGAAUACAGUGGAUUGACACCAGCAAUGGAAGCAGCCGUUGGGGGACACAAGGCUGUGUUCUAUUUACUUCUGGAGAAAAGACCUGAUCUGUCCCAACCUGAUGACCAUGAUAACAACCUUCUCCACAUGGCAUGCGAAGGGGGAAAUGUGGAGUUAGUUAAGUAUGUCCUCGCGCUGAACAGUGUGGAUAUUAACAGCAGAACAGAGGAUGGGAGAACGCCAGCAAUGAUAGCAGCCUCCAAGGGACACAAAGACAUGUUAAAGCUGCUAGUGAAUAAAGGAGCUGAUCUGUCCCUAGUUAAUAGUCAUGGUGAAGACGUUCUUCAUAUUUCCUUAUUGUGUGAAGAUAUGGAGAUGGUGAAAUAUAUCCUAACACAGGACGUUGUCAACAUCAACGGUGCAGACAAGGAUGGAAGGACACCAGUGUCACUGGCAGCAGAAAAUGGAUGCAUAGACAUGUUUGAUUUAGUGGUUAGUAAAGGAGCUGAUCUUUCAAGUAGAGAUGUUGCAGGUAACACCAUUCUUCAGUCGGCCUGUUCAGGAGGAAAUGUGGACAUAGUGGAGUAUGUCCUGGCACAGGACAACAUGUUACAGGACAUCAACAGAACAGGUUGGAACGACUGGACACCAGUGAUGGUUGCAGCAUUCCAGGGUUACAAAGAAGUGUUUGAUUUACUUGUGAAGAAAGGUGCUGAUCUGGCACAACUAGAUAAAGAUGGCAACACUAUUCUUCAUAUGGCUUGUAUGAAAAGUUGGAAGAUAGUGAAAUUCCUCCUUUCUCGCAACAUUGUUGACAUCAACAGUAGAGGAAGCAAUGGUACGACGCCAUUGAUGGUGACAGCAUGUUCUGGUAGUAAGGCUGUAUUUGAGUUGCUCAUGAGGAAAGGAGCUAACCCAUCACUAGUAGAUAAAGACGGCAACAACAUACUUCAUCUUGCAUGUUCGGGAACCCAUUUUGACAUUGUGAAAUACAUCGUUUUCAAUGCGAUUGUAGAUCUAACCCUCAGCAAUAAGCUCGGAUUCAAUGCAGCAAAGGUAGCAUUGGCAGCAGGCAAUGAAGAAGCGUAUAAUUUUUUACUGUCUCAAACCUCUAUUUAG